AUGAGGGCACUUGUUUUUGAUGAAUACUUCUCCAGAAAAUUUGCAAAAAAUGGAUCUUUCGGUAGUAAUGGGUUUAUAAGGAUCAUAAACCUAGUCUUAUUCCUUCACAGGGGUCCUAUCUUGAAAUUUCAUCUCCAUAUACCAACCAUACUUCUUGAUAGCUUCAAAGAAGUUGAUCAAUGGACCCUAGUCUUAUCAAGAAAGGGUGUUACAGAACUUGUCCUUACUAAUUCAGGCCGACAUUAUCAACUUUCUUUUAUGUUUUCUUGUUUAGAGUUGACAAAUUUGCAUUUGAGGAACUGUUUCUUCAAUCCACCACUUGAGUUUGAAGGAUUUCUCCAUCUUAAAAAGCUUUAUCUCAAAGAUAUUGUUUUUAGGGAUAAUUUGUGUGGAACUCAUAUCAACUUCCCACAACUUAACAAGUUGUUCUGGAGAACUUGCAUGGAUAGUUACAAUUUCAACAUCAAGGCCACAAAGCUACAGGGUUUGAAAAUUGCAUCCAUAAAGGAUUCGGUACCAGUUGAAAGAAUAAAUUUGGUGAGCAUGUUAAGUAACUUGCCCAAAAUUGAAGUUCUUUCUAUCGAUGGUGAAUCUCUUGAGGAUGUUAUCGAAGAAAAUAUGCCAAAGUGGCUUCCAUAUCCGGUUAAGAGUUUAAAGUGUUUGAACUUGCAAGAUAUGAAACUCCGUGAACUAUGUCAACUUCAUGGUGUUCUAUGUUUGCUUCCGAACUCGUCAAAUGUGGAAAGUCUUUGGAUGGAACUUUGGAGGUUGCAAAUUGUGGAGAUGACAGUUGUUAAAGGAUCAAGAAUGGAAAUUCUUUUUAUAAGGCUUCUACUUGCUCAUUCCCUUUCUCUUAAGAAGUUUACAAUCACACCGUGUGGAGCUUGUGGUGUUGACAUGAGUAAGGAUGUUAUGCAGUUCCCUCGAGCCUAA